AUGACUGUGGAAUUAGAAUACGAUUAUGAUGCGGCAACGGCAAAUAUGGAUACAUUCUCACAAGAUGACAUAGAAGUUUUACGACAGUGGACCCAAAAAUUGGACAAAUCGAAAUAUGUGCCAAAGGACUUAACGAAUAAACAACUUUUAUUGUUUUAUAAUGCUUGUUAUGGAGAUAUAGACAAAACGAAGACUUGUAUAGAAAAAUAUUAUGGGUUCAGAAGAAGUUCACCUGAAUUUUUUGAUGGUCGUGUUAUAAAUUCUGAAGAAUUGAAGCCCAGCGUAGAAGCUUUAGAGUUCUCCUUCCUGCCAGAAAAGUCAUGUGAGGGGUACGACCUCAUCUACCACAGGCUGUAUUACACCGAGCCUUCGAAAUACCACUUCGAAUCUGGUGUCAAAUUGCUCUUCAUGACUGUCGAUGCCUGCUUACACAAACGGGGUCCACAACCCGGCUACAUAUUCCUUUUCGACAUGCGAGGCGUCAAGAUAGGUCAUAUAACCAGAGUUGGUCUUUCGUCGCUUCGGAAGUUCUUCCAGUACGUCCAGGAGGCGAUGCCAGUGCGCAUGAAGGCGAUACACGUGUUCAACACGGAACCUGUGCUGGACAAACUGUUGUUGCUCGUUAAGCCGUUCAUGGAAAAGAAGUUCUUUGAUAUGAUAAAAUUCCACCAUAAAAACGAAGACCUGGAGAAGUUUUACGAAACGGUCGUGCCAAGAUCAGCGCUGCCACCUGACCACGGCGGUACACUGCCCGACAUGCAGACCCUCCACAAGAAAUGCAUACAACAGUUACGAGCCCUGGAGCCAUACUUCAGAGCUGAAGAAGAACAGAGAAUCAAUGCGCUGCCUGACAAAAAGCGAGAUAAGGCAAUGGAAAAGGCCUUCAAGAACUUAGAUAUAGAUUAA